AUGUCGAUCCUCCCGGCAGACACGCACAGCGCACUGAGCCAGCUGCUGCAGGGUCUUCAAGCAGCCGAUAACAAUAUCAGAAGCCAGGCUGAGGAGCGCCUUUCGACAGAAUGGGCUCAAUCGAAGCCUGACGUGCUGCUCAUGGGCCUGGUUGAGCAGAUUCAAAUGGCCGACUCCCCUACCGCCCAAUCCUUUGCCGCCGUCCUGUUCCGUCGCAUGUCAUCGCGCACUUCCAAGGACUCUGCUGGCUCCUCGCGCGAGAUGUUCCUCACCCUACAAAAGCCCCAGCGAGAUGCUAUCCGUACUCUCUUGCUACAAGGCAUGGCCGCACCUUCAGUCGUCGCCCAACCUUCGCUUCGUAACAAGGUCGGUGAUGCUGUGGCCGAGAUCGCUAGACAAUACACCGACGAGGACGUCUACAACGAUGACGGCACCAAAGACACAUGGUCCGACCUCUUAGCCGCUUUGUUCCAGGCCAGCCAAUCUCCUGAUGCUGGUCAGCGCGAGACGGCUUUCAGAAUCUUCGCUACUACCCCUGGAAUCAUCGAGAAGCAGCACGAGGAAGUCGUCUUGAGCUCUUUCACCAAGGGCUUCAAAGACGAUGAUGUCGCCGUCCGACUGGCUGCCAUGGACGCAUUCGCAUCUUUUUUCCAUUCCAUCAACAAGAAAUCUCAAGUCAAGUACUACCCCUUGAUUUCUGAGAUCCUCAACAUCCUCCCUCCGCUCAAGGAUUCUUCCAACUCGGAUGAUCUUACCAAAGCUUUGGUUGCCAUGAUCGACCUCGCCGAAGCCGCCCCUAAGAUGUUCAAGCCGUUAUUCAAUGAGCUCGUCAAGUUCAGUAUCACCGUUAUCCAGGACAAGGACCUUGAUGACAAGGCUAGACAGAACGCUUUGGAGCUCAUGGCCACUUUCGCCGACUACAGCCCUCAGAUGUGCCGCAAGGAUCCCAAUUACACCCCCGACAUGGUCACCCAGUGCCUGUCCCUUAUGACUGAUGUUGGCGUCGACGAUGACGAUGCCGAGGACUGGUGCACCACAGAGGAUUUGGACCUGGACGAGGCUGACAUGAACCACGUCGCGGGUGAGCAGACCAUGGAUCGUCUGGCCAACAAGUUGGGAGGUCAAGCCAUCCUUCCUCCCACCUUCCAGUGGCUGCCCCGUAUGAUUGAGUCGGGUUCGUGGAGAGACCGCCAUGCUGCUCUCAUGGCAAUCUCGGCCAUCUCCGAAGGCUGCCAGGAACUCAUGGAGAGCGAACUCCAGCAGGUUCUCGAUCUUGUCCUUCCCAGACUCAGCGACCCCCACCCUCGUGUCAGAUGGGCUGCCUGCAACGCAUUGGGCCAGAUGAGCACCGAUUUCAAGGGUAUCAUGCAGACCAACUUUCACCAAAUCGUUCUCCCUGCCCUGGUCGAGUCCCUCAAAUCCGAUCAGCCUCGCGUCGCAUCCCACGCUGCCGCUGCGCUUGUCAACUUCUGCGAGGAAGCCGAGCGUGAGAUCCUAACACCCUACCUGGACGGCCUUUUCACAAACCUAUUCAACCUCCUGCGCAACACCAAGACUCGCUACGUCCAGGAACAAGCUUUGUCAACCAUCGCCACUGUUGCCGAUUCCGCCGAAGCUGCAUUUGCCAAAUACUACAGCGACCUGAUGCCUCUUCUUUUCAACGUCUUGCAGACCGACCAGUCCAAGGAGAAUCGCUUGCUCAGAGCCAAGGCUAUGGAGUGCGCCACUCUGAUCGCACUCGCAGUCGGCAAGGAGCGUAUGGGCAAUGAUGCGCUCCAGCUUGUCCAGAUUCUUGGUAGCAUUCAGCAAAGUAUCACUGAUUCCGAUGACCCUCAAGCUUCAUAUCUGCUGCACUGUUGGGGCCGUAUGUGCCGUAUCUUGGGCUCAGACUUCCUUCCGUACCUGCCUGCCGUUAUGCCUCCGCUAUUGGAGCUGGCCAAGGCUAAGGCCGACAUCCAGCUGCUUGAUGACGAAGACAACCUCGAGCAGGAAGAAGGAUGGGAGCUUGUACCUCUCAAGGGCAAGUAUAUUGGCAUCAAGACUAGUACCCUCGAUGACAAGCACAUGGCUAUUGAGCUCAUCGUCGUCUAUGCUCAGCACUUGGCCGCUAGUUUCGAAAACUACGUCCUUGAUAUCAUGGAGAACAUUGCCAUCCCUGGUCUUGCCUUCUUCUUCCACGAUCCCGUCCGCCAGGCCGCUGCGAAAUGUGUGCCUCAACUCCUUAACUGCUACAAGCUCGCCCACGGGCUCCAAUCACCACAAUUCCGUCAACUCUGGACAACCACCAUCGCCAAGGUUCUUGAGGUCCUCGAGACCGAGCCAGCUAUCGAGACUCUGGCUGAAAUGUACCAAUGCUUCUACGAGUCAGUCGAGGUCUGCGGCAACGGCUGUUUGAGCCCAGACCAUAUGGCAGUCUUCAUCAACUCGGCGGAGGGCGUGCUGAAGGACUACCAAACUCGUGUCAACGAACGACUCGAGGAAGCCAACGAGCGUGAGGAUGGCGAGGAGGCCAGUGAAGAGACUCUCUUCGCCAUCGAGGACGACCAAACCCUGCUCUCCGAUAUGAAUAAAGCCUUCCACACCCUCUUCAAGCAUCACGGCACUACUUUCCUACCCUUCUGGCAAAAGCUGAUGCCCUACCUCGACCAAGCACUCGUGAACCAGGAUCCCACACAAAGACAAUGGGCACUGUGCAUCAUGGAUGACGUUCUGGAGUUCUGCGGUCCCGAUUCAUGGGCAUUCGAGAGCCACAUUGUGCAACCCUUGGUGGACGGUAUGCAAGACGACGUGCCUGCUAACAGACAAGCUGCAACAUACGGAGCUGGUGUCGCCGCACACAAGGGCGGUGCACCAUGGUCAGACUUUGCUAAUGCUAGCUUGCCGCUUCUCUUCCAGGCAACCCAAAGACCGGAUGCCCGUACUGGCGACCAUGUGUUUGCAACCGAGAAUGCUUGCGCCAGUAUCGCCAAGAUUCUCCACUUCAACAGCACCAAGGUCACCAACAGUCAACAAGUUGUCGAGGCUUGGAUAGGAACACUGCCUGUUGUCAACGACGAAGAGGCCGCUCCCUUUGCCUACGCUUUCUUGGCACAGCUUAUCGACCAACAAAACCCAGCAGUCAUCCAGCAAGCAGCUCGUUGUUUCCACUUUGUUGCGCUGGCUCUGGAGGCCGAAACCUUGCAAGGUAGAACCGCACAACAAGUUGUGCAGUCAGCAAAGACUCUUGUCACCAUGGCAUCCUUGGACGCCAACCAGCUUCUAGCCGAGAUGUCGCCAGAGGUCCAGCAUGCAGUUCGCGCCUUCUUUGGUUAG